AUGGCUGGGAUCACGGUGGUGCGCGAGCUAUUCCUUGCGUUGGCGCCGCCGCCGCCGCCGAUGGAUCUGGUCCCGCCCAUCUCCGACUAUCCCAGUCCCACCGCCGCCCGCGUCAGGAUGUCGGUGCCGGGGUACGACGUCAUGUUCGGGAAGCUCUCCCUCCGCGGCCUCUUCGACGACUACUUCAUGCAGCGCGGCGGCAUCGACACACGCUUCGUGCUCAAGGCCAAGGAAGAUCCUCGCCUUCAGCUGGCCGCCACCAUUUCCACAAGUGGCGACAUGGAGGCUCAGUUUCGGUGGCACAGGGAUCUGGAUAAUCCCCACACAUUUGUGGACCUGACUGCGUCAGCUUCAGAACCCAUGUUGCGGCUAAGAUCAUGCGCUUACUAUCCAAAGUAUGGUAUUGGCGCCUUUGGAACAUUCCCUUUCCUUAUGACAAACAGAGUGCGUUCCGAAGACUACGGUGUCAUGGGUUUAAGAUACGGUUCAAAGAAUCUGUCGAUUGGAGCGUCUUUUCUACCAUUUGCUUUAUCUGGUGAGGUACCCUAUAGUGCAUGGUUGGUCGGGAGAAGAGGAAGUUUAAGUGCAGGGGUCCAAUACAAGCCACUUAGUGGAAGCAAGCAUCAUGUGCCGUUUACAGACCCAAUGAACUGGAAUUGUGCAAUCAGUUAUGGCAUGGGAUCAGAUAGCCCACUCAGCCCUUCACUCAAUUUUGCCCUAGAGCUUGUCAGAAAUACACAGCUGGUUGCAUCGUUCUAUCGGAACCAUGUUGUGGGCAGCAUGGAAGGAAAUACUGAAUAUGACUUCAUUAGUCCGACAAACUCCAUUGAUCUUGGGCUUGAGCUGGCCAAAAGGUUGGAUAGAGACAAACCAGCAGAAAAUGCAAACGAUUUGUCGUUUCAGAUAGCUGCAUGUUGGAAGCCUAAUGAACAUGUGUUAGUAAAGGGGAAGGCAGGUCUCUCCAAAUCGUCCUUUGCUAUGGUGUUAAACCAUCCGAUCAUGACCUUCUUAACAUUUAACGUCGCAGUUGAACGCGACCACAAGCAGGGUACGGCAUCAUAUGGAUUUGGGUUUUGUUUUAAGGAUAUAUGAGAACCGAGUUAGCAAAAGCUCGUUAAACCAUGCGGUCUUGACACAAAACAAGGAUGGGUCAUGUUUUGAGCGGGGAGCAUGGAAAGAAGCGCGAUAUAUGUUCAUUACCACUUACCAACAAGUCUCGAAGCGUAAACAUAUGGAAAAAAAAUAUUACUUACAAGAAUUAUGUUUCUUUUGUGAUAGCUCUUGUGUCACAUAGAAAAAUAGCUUGUUAAUUAACUCCAUAUAUAGA